AUGUGGGUCCGGCAGGUGCCCUGGCCUCUCACUUGGGCUGUGCUGCAGUUGAGCUGGCAAGCAGGGUGGCUUCUAGAGGUCUCCAGCAAUUCCUGGAGGCCCCUCACCUUCUCCCCAGCCUGGCUCACAGUGUCCGAGGGAGCAAAUGCCACCUUCACCUGCAGUUUCUCCAACUGGACCGAGGACCUUAUGCUGAACUGGUACCGCCUGAGCCCCAGCAACCAGACUGAAAAACAGGCCGCCUUCUGCAACGGUUUCAGCCAGCCUGUCCGGGACAACCGCUUCCAGAUCACACAGCUGCCCAACGGGCAUGACUUCCACAUGAACAUCCUCGCCACACGACGAAAUGACAGUGGCAUCUACCUCUGUGGGGCUAUCUCCCUGCCCCCCAAGCCACAAAUCAAGGAGAGCCCUGGAGCAGAGCUUGUGGUAACAGAGAGAAUCCUGGAGACCUCAACAAGAUACCCCAGCCCCUCAUCACCCAGGCCAGCAGGCCAGUUUCAAGGCUUGGUCAUUGGUAUUAUGAGUGUUCUAGUGGGUGUCCCUGUGCUGCUGCUGCUGACCUGGGUCCUAGCUGCUUUCUGCUCAACAGGUGUGUCAGAGGCCAGAAGAACUGGAAGAAAGGAUCCUCCCUUGAAGGAGGACGCCUCAGCUGCACCUGUCUUCAGUGUGGCCUACGAGGAGCUGGACUUUCAGGGAAGACAGAAGACUCCAGAGCUCCCCACGCCCUGUGUACACACAGAGUAUGCCACCAUUGUCUUCACUGAAGGGCUGGGUGCCUCAUCCUUAGGACGUAGGGGCUCAGCAGAUGUCACUCAAGGUCCCCGGCCUCCAAGGCAUGAGGAUGGACACUGCUCUUGGCCCCUUUGACCAGAUGCUUCCACCAUUAGCAUUUUGCAGACUCUCAACGGAGAGCACCGGUUCAUUCCUCCAUCAAGAGGAGCAUGCGGGUUACCGUGCCACAAAGGCUCCCAGGGUCUGAGCUACCUGGAGUGACAACCCA